AUGGCCUCUAAGUUGCCUCUAACAUUUUUUAAAGGCCCUUUAGGGCUUCAAAAUAUAUCUACUAAUGAAAGAGCUUCCUUUUUAGAACUUGUUCAGGCUGUUUUGGAUAAAUAUGAUAAUAUUUCUUCAGAAAAUAAAGUUAUACAAACCAUUGAAAAACAAAACACGUCUGAAUCUGUUAAAGAUCAACUGAUGGAUAUAGAAAUUUUAGAAGCACCAAAAAUGCCUAAACACCAAUCAAAAGCUGAGCACAACAAGAGGAAUCAAUCAGACAUGAAAGAUAAUGUCAGCAGACUAAGCUCGCCUUCAUCUUUUACAAAAAAAAAGAGAAAAAUUGCGUCUGUUUCAAAAGCUAAUAAUAGUCAAAGUUCUUCCAAGACUACCAAGAAACAAUCUGCUGCAACUUUACCUAAAACUAUUAGUACUAUAAUGACUGAAUAUAUGCCUAUGAACAAGGACUUUAUUCAGAAAAUUAUGGUUUAUGAUAUCCUCUCCACCUGGUCUCAACUUGAUAUGUUUAAUCAUUUUAAAACCUAA